AUGGCGCGCUACGAGGCCGACGGCAAGCUGGCACCCGCGCUGGCCGCGCUGGCGGCCGCGCGGCGCGCGGAGCUGGGCGGCGUGGCGUGGUGGGACCACGCGUCGGCCGAGGAGGCCACCGUGGACGAGCAGAUGGCCGUGCGGGUCAAGAUGAGCGAGUACCUCUGCCUCGCCGCCCACCUCGCGGCGCUCGACGACUGCCGCGCGGCCGCCGGCGGGGGCGAGGGCAGCGGCGGCGCCCUCCUCGGCAGGGCCGCCGGCCUCCGCGCCGCGCUGGCGGCGGCGCUCGCCUCUGGGCAUUGGGACCCGCCCCCGCUGCGCGUCAUGGCAUUGUUUCGUCACACGGCCCUUGCAGAGCCACAGUUCGAGUACACCCUGUGCCGCGGGUAUUAUUAUUGGCUUGGGGAACGUCGGUCCGAGCUCAUGGGCAAAGAUGCCAACGGGGAUCUCACUUGCUCGACGUUCAGAUAUAGACGGAAGUGGAAGUGCCGCGCGUUCUGCUUCAGCUGCAUCGCCUCCUCGGUGCCCAGUUGCUCCGUGGUGGAGGCAGCCAGGAAGACGUCGAAAUCGCAGAUGGUGACGUCCUCGACAUCUCGGAUUUGGAAUGCCAGGGACUCAGGGCGUCAGAAGAGCCGCCUCGGCAAGGAUGUGCAGAAGGCCAUCGUUGACGCGCUGGGCCCCACAGCGGGCAACAUCCAGCAGCUGCGCAAUCAGGCCCGAGAGAUGCGACAGAGGUUGGAAGCCAAGAAGCCGGGAAAGGACGACGGCGCGGCCUCCCAGGACAAGUCCAAGGCAGGGCUUGUUCCCAUGGGCGGCGGCCUGCGCCUCGCCGAGCGGCCCUUGGGCCACCGCGGCAGCCUGGCCGCGCGGGAGGCGCUGCGGCAGCUCGGGGACAAAAGCGUUUGCUCUCUGCCGCUCCCGCGGCCGGAGCUUGAGGCUUGCAUUCGGGAGCGGGUCGGGCGGUGGUUCGAGGUCGAGGGGGUGGCGUUCGACGUCGGGCGCCCCCGCGGGGCCCUGGCGGCGGCGCUGCUGGCCGCGAGCGGCUCUGCUUAUCCGCACGUCGGCCUGCAAGGCGGUGGCGUCCAGGGCGAGAAUGAUGCACGCCGCUUCGCGGGGGACACGGUGGACCCCUCCGUGGUCGGCAACAUGCAGGACGGGCAGAUACCGGCCAGCAAGGGCAUGGCGGUCCAGGUGUCCCGCAAGCACGCCCAGAUCGCCGAGAUCUUCCUCGGCACGCCGCCGCAGAGGCUCACCUGCCUGAUCGACUCGGGGAGCUCCGACCUGUGGGUGCCCUCGUCGCGCUGCGCGAGCUGCCAGAACAACAACGACUUCAGCGCGGACGCGUCCUCGACCUUCCAGGCGGGGAUGGAGGAGGGCUACGGCGGGCCGAAGCCCCGCGCGGUGAAGAUCACGUACGGCAGCGGCGAGGUCAGCGGCUACGCUGCCCAGGACGUGCUCACGUUCGGCUCCGUGACGGUGCAGGCACAGCCCUUCAUCAUCGUCGAGGACGCCGCGCUGCCCGAGGGGCGCAUGUGGGACGGCAUCUGCGGGCUGGGCUGGAAGGGCAUCGCGCAGCUCUCCCCGACGCUCUACGAGAGCCUGCAGCAGCAGGGCCAGAGGUGCUCGUUCACGGUGUGCCCGACGCCUGCGGGCGGCGCCUAUCCCGGCGCUGGCAUGCAGAUGCUCCUCGGCGAGGUGCCUCAGUCGCUGAUCAAGCCAGAGACGCUGGUCUGGGUGCCUGCCGAGGCGUACGACCCCACCGGCGGCCGGUUGGGCGCCCAGAGGACCUUCUGGAUGGUCUCUGGCGGGGUCCAGAUCAACGCGCCGCAGCCUUUUCCCGCGAGGUUCCUGGUGGACACGGGGACGAACCAGGUCCUCCUGGUCCCGCAGCGUUACUACCAGAACUUCAUCCGCUCGCUCAUCCCCUCACAGUACUUCGACCAGGCCCCCGUCCGCACAGCCCCAGCCACAGGAAGAGGAGGAUGA